AUGAUCAUACUACUCCUCUUCUGGCUUGUGCAAUGGAUCUACCAUUACUUCAAUGUGUGCCCAGAUCAGGACCUCAACCAACAGAGGACUCAGAUGGUGCAGGAGUUGCAGGAGUUGCAGGAGUUGCAGGAGGUGACCCACAAUACCAUGGAGCUGAAUGUUGGGUCUGGAGGAGCUGUGCUCUCGACUGCCUUACAGCAAUGGCUGUUCUGUGCUGUUGCUGGAGUCCUGGUGCUGCUCUUGGCGCUCUGCUGGCGGCUCAAGAAAAGGACCUGUGAGGUGGAGAGCAGCAGGGAACCAGAGAGUGAAGAAAGUGAGGAAGAAAGUCCUGCUGAGAUGAAUAUGAUCUGGAUCUUUUCAAGACGCUUCCAGUUGUCAGUGCCAAAGCUGGCCUCCAGGAGAAGGGUGGUGCAGGAGCUGGUGAAUGAACUUCUCCAAAUCUCCCAUAGUCUCUUUUCAAACAGUUUCUUCCCAGUGCUGGAACCAGUCAUUGGUGUGGGCAGUGCUUAUGAAGGAUGGAGUCCCCAUAAGGAGGAGGAUGUUAUCUACUGCGUGUUUGUGCCCCUGAAGCCUCCCCAUGGGCAUGCCUUCCGCCUGGAACCAGACACCACGGGGAAGAUGCCACGGACGAGCACGCGCAUCCGCGUGGAGCAGGUGUGCACUUGCACUGGGGAGCAGCCAGACCAGAACAAGCUGUGCUUCCUCCACCACUCUGAGGAGGAGCUGAAGAGAAAUCAGGUGAACAGCCUCCUAUAUACCCUCUGCACUGGCCCUUACCUAGAUGGGGAGAAGAUUGCCCUCUGGUUCCAGACGUUUGUGAUCUCAGCCUGGUCGGUGAUGCCGCAGUCCCACCAGUACAGCAUGAAGGUGCUCCCCUCCUGCCGCUCCUGCAAGAUGAAGCUGAUGAAAAGCUCUGGGAGAAGCCUUUUUGUGGAGAUGGUAUUUAGUGUGCAGCAAGGUGACUCGGACAUCUUCCUGAGCAGCCAGCCUCCAGAGGCCCAGUUCCCCCCAGGCACGGCGUGGCUGGAGAGCUGUGCUGUGGCAGAGGCAAAGUUCUUCAGGCAGGUGGCCGUGCAGGCUCCACCCCGCAGCUGCCACCUCAAAUGCCUGCGCCUCUGUGCUCGCCUUCUGGAGGGCUCGGGCAUUUCUGCUUAUGCCUUGAAAACCACGGUCAUGCACCUCCUGACCUUGAUCCCCCUGUCAGAAUGGCAGCACAAGUAUCUCCUGAUGCGGGUGGAUGACAUCAUGCGCUACCUGCGCUGUUGCCUAGAGGAGAAACGCCUCAAGCACUUCUUCUUUGGCAACGAGGACAUGCCUGAGGAGAUCUCCUUGCCUCCAGACUUCCACGAGGCACAGCCCCUAAACCUCUUCCAGCACCUGGCACAGGAUCCAGCUGCCCAGACCAAGGCAUUGAAGGAGUUUGAUGAGCUGCAAAAUCACCUCUACUUUGGGUUCUGA